AUGGCCGUCGAGACGUCGAUAAACGCAGAGCAACCCAAGCCCAAGGACCUGGAAAUUGCGGAGAAGCGGCCUUCCGUUCCCGGCAGCAUCGACGGGGACCUCAAGGCCGGCCAGGUCGAGCUUCUUGACGAAGCUGAGAUCUUCUUGCAACAGAAUGGCAUCUCUCAUGCUCAGAUGCGCGAGCUCUUCGAAGAUGAAGAUGCGAAGAAGAAGUUGGUUCGCAAGAUCGACCUCACGCUGCUGCCCCUCCUCAUGGGAACAUACCUGCUGCAGUACAUCGACAAGCAGGCCCUGAGCUACGGCGCCGUCUUCGACCUCUUCGAGACGACCAACACGACGCAGAGCCAGUACUCGUGGCUCGCGAGCAUCUUCUACUUCGCCUACCUCGUCGCCGAGUGGCCCGCCAGCUACCUGGCCCAGCACUUCCCCACCGGCACCGUCGUCAGCGUCUUCGUCGUCUCGUGGGGCACCGUCCUGACCUGCACCGCCGCCUCCCACAGCUUCGCCGGCCUGGCCGUCUGCCGCUUCCUGCUCGGCGCCUUCGAGGCCGUCAUCACGCCGUGCUUCAUGAUGAUCGUCAGCAUGUGGUACACCCGCGCCGAGGCGCCCAUGCGCGCCGGGUCCUUCUACUGCUUCAACGGCUUCGGCUCCAUGGUCGGCGGCAUCCUGUUCUACGGCGUCGGCCAGGCCGACGGCUGGGACGUCUGGCGCAUCAUCUUCGUCAUGUGCGGCGGCCUCACCAUCGCGUGGGGCAUCUUCCUCUUCUUCUACCUGCCCAACAACAUCAUGACGGCAAAGCGGUACACCGUCGAGGAGAAGGCGUUGCUCAUCGCGCGCAGCCAGAGCAACAACACCGGCGUCUUCAGCCGCAAGAUCAAGCCGGCCCAGAUCAAGGAGGCCUUCAGGGACCCCCAGGUCUGGCUCCUCUUCUUCUACACCCUGCUUAACGAGAUUGUUAACGGGGGCAUCGCCAACUUUGGCAAGCUUAUCGUUAAGGGUUUCGCCAAAGACGCCCUCUUGACGACCGCGUACGGCAUCCCCUACGGCGCCUGGGUCGCCUUCUUCAUCUUUACGGGGCCCCUCUGCGCCUACAAGUUCAAGAACUUCCGCACCAUCGUCAUGAUGACCUGGGUUCUGCCGACGCUCGUUGCCGUGUCGCUGUUCCUGAAGCUGGACAGGGCAAACAAGAACGGCUUGCUGAUGGCUUACUACAUCGUGGGUGAGUCCUCGUUCGUCGGCGCGCUCGUCGUCGCGCUACAGAUGCCGGCCGCCAACGUCGCGGGCUACACCAAGCGCGUGACCUCGACCGCCUUCGUCUUCCUCGCCUACUGCGUCGGCAACAUCAUCGGGCCGCAGGCGUUCCUCGCGUCGGAAGCGCCCAUUUACGGGACUGGGUGCAAGGUCAUCAUGGGCUGCACCGCCGGCCAGGUCGUCUUGGCGAUCUCCAUCCGGAUUCUCCUGAAGCGGAGGAACAAGCGGAGGGACGCAGAGGCCGAGGCUUCUGGGCAAGAUGAGGAUGACGAGGUGUUGAUGGACUUGACGGACUUUGAGAACAGGAAGUUCCGGUACUCCUACUGA